CACCUGGGGGGUCUCUCUCGGGGGCUUCGAGGUUGUGGUGUACCGGCAUGCCCGUAGGCGAGUGACCUAGCAGCGCCCAGCGAGGCAUCUUCUCCCAGCUGAUUUCUUCCCCUUGCUCUCUCCUGCCUCCUUCCCUCCAUCCCUCCCUCCCUCUUGCUGCCUCCUCCUGCCUCCCUUGGAGCAGGUCCAGGCAUUCCGCCGACGGCCGUCGGCAAGCUGCCGUUGAAGGCCACCCCGAUGGCGACGCCAGGAGAUUUUCAUCUCACUCGUUAUCGCGUCGGAGGGCCGGUGCUGUACCAUGAGCGGCUGGACCUCUUCACCUCAGGGUACGUGAUGACGCCCGACUUCGACGACUACGGCGGGUCGGUGGUGGGCGACGCGGACGUGCAGGAGGUCCACUUCGUGCACGGGCAGGGCGGCCGCGUGGGAGGAGUCGCCGCCAAUCGGGUCUACAGGGUCAGACGCCUGCCGACCGCCCAUGAGGUCUGGGCGGCGCUGCGCCGAGGGGCGGGCCAGAGCUACGGAGCUCUGCCCGUCUCGCCUUUCUUGCUCACGGUGUCGGCGGUGAACUGCGCGGGGCUGCCUGCUGUGACGGCGGCGCUGGCGGAUCCUGCUCUGGGGGUGCCCCCGCUGCUGGCCGCCGGGCCCGCCGCGCCGCCCGCCGCGGACGCUGGGCCCUUGGCGCUGGCGGCCCUGCCUGGCGCUGCGGCUGCCGCCGGAGGCCCUGGCGCUGCUCUGGUGCCGGUGGCCGAGGCGCCGCCACUGCCCGCGCCGCCUGCCGCGCCGAUGAGGGCCCCCGCCGUGCCCGACUCGGCGCUUGUCGCGCCCUUGCCGAGUGGCGAGCUGGCGGCGGGAUGGCAUUGGAUCGCCGCGGAGGAUGUCGAUGGGGCGAUCACGUUCGGCGCGGAGGUGGCCGUCCGGGCCCCAGGAGGUGCGACCCUAGUUGGUCGCGUGGGUCGGCGGGGCUUGCUGUCGCUGGCGGGCGGCUUGGGGGCGAGCGCGGUGCUCCUGCAGGACGCCGAGCUGCCCUGGUUCACGCAGGAGUACCGCGGCAGUGACGCCCGCACGACGGCGCAGUGGUGCGCGAAGUACCGGGUGAGGGAAGGCGGCCCGAUCCUCCAUCAUGAGAUGUGGAAGUCGAAGCGCAAGCUGAACUCGUCCGACUUUGGAGUCGACAACCGCGAGACCAUUUCGAAGAUGCUCGAGUUGAUGGGCUCCAACGACCACCUGGACGUCUUCAAACUCUCGAGCGCGGAGACUGGCGACAGGAAGCUCCAGUUGAUCGAGCCCUACUGGGACGACAGGAGUGCGGAGCAGCAGCAGCACAACAUGUGUAUGCCUUUGGAGGAGGCCUUCGCGUUCAUGGGAGGGUCACGCUCUCCCUCGAUGGUGGGCCUGGAGCUGCUGGACACGGUGUCGAAAGAACUGGAGAGGACCCACGGCAUCAAAAAGAAC